AUGGUGCCAGACAUGUCUUGCUCCUGCUCCAAUGAGAUCCUGGGCCUGAAGCUGCCGUCGGAGCCAGUGCUGAACGCCAACACGGUGUGCCUGACCCUGCCGGGGCUGACGCGGCGGCAGCUGGAGGUGUGUGUGCGUCACCCCGACGUCACCGCCUCGGCCAUCCAGGGCAUCCAGAUCGCUAUCCACGAGUGUCAGCACCAGUUCCGGGACCAGCGCUGGAACUGCUCCAGCCUUGAGACCAAGAACAAGAUCCCCUACGAGAGCAUCAUCUUCAGCAGAGGCUUUCGGGAGAGCGCCUUCGCCUACGCCAUCGCGGCGGCCGGGGUGGUGCACGCCGUGUCCAACGCCUGCGCCCUGGGCAAGCUGCAGGCCUGCGGCUGCGACCAGAAGCGCCGGGGCGACGAGGAGGCUUUUCGGAGGAAGCUGCAUCGCCUGCAGCUGGAGGCCAUGAACCGUGGCAAGGGCAUGGUGCACGGGGUGCACAUGGAGCACAUGCCGGCCGAGACUCCUGGUCUGCAGGACUCCUGGGAAUGGGGAGGGUGCAGCCCCGAUGUGGACUAUGGGGAGAAGUUUUCCAAGGAUUUCCUCGAUUCCCGGGAAACCUACAGGGACAUCCAUUCACGCAUGAGGCUGCACAACAACCGUGUGGGCCGGCAGGUGGUGAUGGACAACAUGAGGAGGAAGUGCAAAUGCCACGGCACCUCAGGGAGCUGCCAGCUGAAGACCUGCUGGCAGGUGACGCCCGAGUUCCGCCUGGUGGGGUCCCUGCUGAAGGACCGCUUCUACGGGGCCACCCUCAUCCGGCCCCACAACCGCAACGCGGGGCAGCUGGAGCCGGGCCACGCUCGGCACCGCCGCCGCGCCGGCAUCAGCGAGCUGGUUUACUUCGAGAAGUCACCCGACUUCUGCGAGCGGGAACCGGCCUUGGACUCCUUGGGCACCCAAGGGCGCCUGUGCAACAAGACCAGCCCGGGCAUGGACAACUGCGAGAGCCUGUGCUGCGGCCGCGGGCACAACAUCCUGCGGCAGACGCGCAGCGAGCGCUGCAACUGCAAGUUCCACUGGUGCUGCUUCGUGGCCUGCGAGGAAUGUCGCAUCACCGAGUGGGUCAGCGUCUGCAAGUAG